AUGUCUCUGCCUGUCCGGAGUUUAAAGUGUCUCUCGCCAGUCAUGUGCCAGUGUAAGGUCAUUUGCAGCAACCGGACCCUCUCCCUCAUGUUCGGGUGCAAGUACAGGUACCAGGAUGAGGAGACGCCCCCCUUGGAGCACAGUCCAGCACAUCUGGCUCCAGGGAAAAGUGCAGAGAUGCUUCAUAUGAGUGACAAGAAUCUCGCUGCCAUGGAGGCCAUACAUGGCUACUCACAACACACACAUAUCUCUCCUGUCAAGGGAAAUACUCCUCCAGUGGUGGUGAACACUGACACACUCGAUGGCUCCCCAUAUGUGAAUGGGACAGAAGGGGAAAUUGAAUACGAGGAGAUCACACUGGAGAGAGGUAACUCCGGUCUUGGCUUCAGCAUAGCAGGAGGAACAGACAACCCUCACGUGGGCGACGACCCCAGCAUCUUCAUCACCAAAAUCAUACCUGGAGGAGCCGCUGCUCAGGAUGGACGGCUGAGUGUGAAUGACUGCAUCCUAUUUGUGAAUGAUGUAGAUGUGAGGGAAGUGACACAUAGCCAAGCAGUGGAGGCCCUUAAGGAGGCAGGUGCUAUCGUCCGCCUCUAUGUUCUCCGCAGAAAACCAGCAGCGGAGAAAGUCACUGAACUCAAACUCAUCAAAGGGCCUAAAGGAUUAGGUUUCAGCAUUGCUGGAGGGGUGGGAAACCAGCACAUACCAGGAGAUAACAGUAUCUAUGUCACCAAGAUCAUUGAAGGCGGAGCGGCUCAUAAAGAUUGCCGUCUGCAAAUCGGGGACAAGAUCUUAGCGGUGAACAACGUGUGUCUUGAGGAUGUGAUGCAUGAGGAUGCGGUGGGGGCUCUGAAGAACACAGCCGAGGUGGUGUACCUCAGGGUGGCCAAGCCCAACAACCUGUUCAUGACCAACUCCUACAACCCCCCUGACCUCACCAGCACAUAUUCUCAUAUGGACACUGAACUGAGCCACCCCAACUAUCUUGGGUCAGAUUACCCACAAGCCCUCACGCCCACCUCACCGAGUCGGUUUUCUCCUGUUCUGCAUGGCAUGAUGGGAGAUGAUGACAUCCCCAGGGAGCCUCGCAGAGUUUUGAUCCACCGAGGCUCCACUGGUCUGGGAUUCAACAUUGUUGGAGGAGAGGAUGGAGAGGGUAUCUUUAUCUCUUUCAUCCUGGCAGGGGGGCCAGCCGACCUCAGCGGAGAGCUGCACAAAGGCGAUCAGAUCCUCAGUGUGAAUGGCGUGGACCUGCGUAUGGCCACACACGAACAGGCCGCUGCAGCCUUGAAGAACGCCGGCCAGACAGUGACCAUCAUCGCUCAGUACAGACCCGAUGAGUACAGCCGUUUUGAGGCGAAGAUCCACGACUUGAGGGAACAGCUGAUGAACAGCAGUAUGGGCUCUGGGACUACAACGCUAAGAAGCAACCCGAAGAGAGGCUUCUACAUCAGGGCUCUUUUUGACUAUGACAAGACUGCGGACUGUGGCUUCCUCAGUCAGGCACUGGGCUUCAGGUUUGGGGAUGUGCUUCAUGUGUUGGACUGUGGAGAUGAGGAGUGGUGGCAAGCCCGUAAGGUCAGCCCCCAGAACGAAGCCGAGGAGGUCGGCUUCAUCCCGAGCAAGCACAGGGUGGAAAGAAAAGAGUGGUCUCGUGUUAACACCAAAGAGAGGGUAAGUUCAUCCACGUCACCAGGGAGAGAUAAAACCUCACAAAGUUAUGAGACCGUCACUCAAGUGGAAGUUCAUUAUGCGAGGCCCAUCAUCAUCCUGGGUCCUGUGAAAGACAGGAUAAAUGACGAUCUGUUGUCUGAGUUCCCUGAUAAGUUUGGAUCUUGUGUCCCACACACUACGCGGCCCAAGAGGGAGUAUGAGGUGGAUGGACGGGACUAUCACUUUGUGUCGUCACGGGAGCAGAUGGAGAAGGACAUCCAGAGCCAUCGGUUCAUCGAGGCGGGCCAGUACAACAGUCACCUGUAUGGCACCAGUGUCCAGAGCGUCCGUGAGGUGGCAGAGCAGGGGAAACACUGCAUCCUGGAUGUAUCGGCUAACGCUGUGCGCAGACUACAAGCAGCUCAGCUUCAUCCCAUCGCCAUCUUUGUCCGGCCCAAGUCACUGGAAAAUGUUUUAGAGAUCAACACGCGACUGGCAGAGGAGCAGGCCAGGAAAGGAAUGGACCGAGCGAUCAAACUAGAACAAGACUUCCUAGAGUGUUUCUCGGCUGUCGUGGAAGGGGACAGCUUUGAAGAGGUUUAUCACAAAGUAAAGACAGUGAUCGAGGAGCAAUCAGGGCCUUACAUCUGGAUCCCCACCCGGGAGAGGCUGUGAUGCUGCACCCGUCCACACCACCCCCUUUCUCACAACCACCAACCGACACCACCCUUCACCCUCAUGGCCAAGCCAGCCUCGCCUGCCUGUCUGUCCUCCAGCAAAGUCAGUGCUUAGGCAAUCACUGAGAAUGACACAGAGAGACAAAUGCAUAUUAAGACAAACACAGAGACAAACACAGGAAGUGACACAGCGAGGCAAGGAACGAUACCAAAAAAGAGACUCUGAGACAGAUGUGAACACAGCGAUGUGUAAUUAGACUGCAAGAGCCUGAGAGAAGAGAUUUAGUCAGUAUUCCACUUUAAUGAGGCAGGACUUAGUGUCGAGGCCAUGUUCACACUCAGCAUUAAAAUGCAUCUUGGCCACAAAUGGACAACUCUAAAUACAGCUGUGACUGCACCCAAAACUGGGAACGCGGUUGAUUUAGCGUUGUCAAAAAACGUAGUGCGUAAUGUGUGUUUUUCUCUGUUUAGAUGCAGUUUCCCAACAGAUAAAAGCAAAUGUGAAGCGAAAUCCAAUCACAAGCGAUUACUUGAGAGAUUUCAGAUGCAUUCUGAUGCCAUGUGUGAACUGCAGUCCAUCUGGAUCUCAACAAUGUCUGGACACGAGACAUUAGGUCUAAGUACGGCUUGAAAGAGAAUAGAGGGUGACCCAGCAGGGACGGACCCCGAGGUAGUAUUAAGACCACCUCGACCUCUCACGCCCCCAUUGAACACCUCCACGCGCCUAUGUCUGAGAUUGAGGCGCCCAAAUAGACUCUGGCCCCUCUUUUUAUAUCACCUCCUGGCUUUCUGUCCUCCUCCUCCUGUUCAGCUCUGCCUUGUUUCAGGACAGGAAAGGGGGAAGACUGAGAACGGGGCGCCCAGAUCCUGCUGAGUCCCUCUUGAUGAGGCAUCUUUUCUCGGCAUAAGUGUCCCUUUUCUUGUGAAUCUCCUCUUGGUUCUGAGUGUAAACUCAGAAUAACACCUCAGUGACCAAGACUGACGUUUGCCUAAUCACCCAUGUUGAAUAUUGCGAGGCAUUAUUUAAAGGCAGUUCAAAUUAUUAUAACGAUAAAAAACUCAUAUGCUGAAUUUGUGCAUGCAUCCUCAAAGACAAUGGCGACAGGAGACAAAAACUUUGGAAAAAUCUGACUAAAAAAAGAAGAAAAAAAAGAUUACAAAAAAAAAAGAAAGUAAGUGGGGUGUGUUCUCCUUCUCCACCUCCUUAUUGUGGAGGAGUUUUUUUUAGCAUGUCUCAUGAAGGAAGAAGAGAAGAGUGACACAGUCAUGAGAUAUGGUCAUGAGAGGCCAAACCUGAGCGCAGUAGAUGCUCUGACAUACGUUGAGCCUCUUGCUCUCUGACGCACACGCAACCGCACACUCUCACACCCAUCCACGCACGCACUCACGCACAUACACACGUAGAGUUGUAACCUCAGCUGUAACCUAGCACACUCCUCUACAGGGCUGUUCUGACCUGCUAGUCAGAAUCCAGGAUGAAUGUUAUCUCUCUAGGCACAAGCAGCAGAGCUGUAAGCUUCAUCGCACCGCAGCCGACUCACUGAUCACUCUUCCAGAAGAAUCCCUCAGCCGCAGACGUACACACCGUUUCCAGUGGCUGCAGUAAAAGCCAUGGUGUGUGUGUGUGUGUGUGUGUGUGUGUCUGUUUGCGUUAGUGUGUGUGUGUGUGUGUGUGUGCGUGCGUGUAAUUCGUGAGUGGAAACUCCUCUUUGUGGGAGGAAUAGGUCUUCUUUUACUCUCUAUCUUCCACUUUUUCUCUGCUUCUUUCUCCCUCUUGUGUCCACACAAAUUAAAGCUAAGUCAUGUCAAACAAAUAAAUGGCCUAUAUAUAUAUAUAUAUAUAAAUAUAUAUAUAAAUAUAAAUAUGAAUAUAAAUAUAUAUCUUUUUUAUGACAAUUUCUAACGGGACUAAGUCUGUAAAAACAUCUCCAAACGAUAUUCCAUUGGUUCCUUUGGGUAAUAUUGCAGUUUGGUUGUUGAAUUUACUCACAUUCCCAUUUUAUUGUUGUAAAACGCAGCAAAACUCUACACAGAAAUAACUGAACCGUUCAAUGUAAAGCAGACCUCACACUAGACUGACAUAUUUGACAUGUUCUUGUGUAUGUCGAAGACGAAUUGAAACACAUGUACAAUGCAGCUGUGUGUGACUGUGUGCGCGUGCAUACGUGUGUUCGCUGCUUGUGUGUGUGUAUGUGUGCGGGUGACAAGAAAAUGUGUGUUGUGUAUAAAAUAUAAAUGAUACUAUAUGAGAAUAUUUAUCCUUUAUAACAUCCACUGGUGGUUAUAAUGUAUAAUACAUUAAUGGGUGGUGUGUGCGUGUGUGCGUGUGUGUGUGUGUGUGUGUGUGUGUGUGUGUGUGUGUGUGUGCCAGAGCGAGAGAGUGAGACGCACAUGAAGAUGUAGUGCAAUACUGCUAUGAUGUUAUGCAAUGAAGAUGGUUUUACGUGUGUCUAAGAUUUAAACAGUAUUUAUAAAGUUUGCACUGACGGCAUUAUAUGCUACAGGUGCAAGAAAACGACGGAGGACUCAAAGGUUUUAUGAGCAUGUGUUUGUAUUUACUUAUAAUUUGUUCUGAAUUAUAAGAGUGAAGUUGGAAGUAUUGAUGGAAGUGACCAUUCAUUCAUAUUUACUUGCUUCUCUCAGCUCAAGGUGGAACAGCCGAGGCUCGUGAAGGACAAGUAUCAAGUUUUGGUUUAUGAUUUACGAUUUAUUUAUAUCUGUCACAGGUUCCCUCUCAAGUCUGUAUAUUUUCGUAUUUUCUUUUCUCCACAUUGAGAGAGCGUUUGGGUCUCGGCCAGAAAUGCUGUAAAUAUAAUAGAGAUGUUGGCGUGCUGUGUGGCUUUACAUUCAGCCGUGCACACUGCAGAAAUGAUGCGAGUACAGGAUCCAUCAGAGCCACAGCCCAGUUUACCUGCUCAAAAACAGCAACAACAUCUCCACACACACACACACACACACACACACACACACACACACACACACACACACAAAGAUAUCAGUACCUCCAUUAACAUUUACACAUAGAGCGAAUCACAGAAUCAACAACACCUGACAACACAUCCAUGAAUGAAAUAUGUUUUCAAUUUCUUUAUUUGAGGGUUCAAUGUAUUUCUUAUAAUAUCUCUCUCAGCCAUCCGUAUCAUAGUGUGAUAUUCCUUAUAAAAUAUAUGAAUUUUUACAGAAAAGACUGAUUACGAAGUUACAACAAAGUCAAAUGAUGCAGAAAAAUAUAUUUAACAAUGACAAUAUCAAGCAAAAUAAAAUGUUCCA